AUGUAUUUUUGGCACGACCCCACGAAUGCCAACAUAUUGAAUUGUGACUACAUCGAGAUCCUUGCCAAUGAGAAGCCGCCUAGCCCGGCACUGUGGUGCUCUCAGCAGCAGGAACAUUUGCAGGACAUCCGCCGUCUACUUCUACCUACACACACGAAUUUCAUGAUUAGCAUUCAGGACGUCAUCUUACUGUCCGCUACAGUAGCCAUCCUUUAUUGGAUCAAGUUCAAGAGUCGGCAAGGGCUUCCUUUACCACCCAGCCCCAAAGGCUUGCCAAUUAUUGGAAAUUUGCGAGAUGUCUCAUAUGACUCUCAGUGGGAAACAUACCACGACAUGUCCAGAAAACUGGAUACAGAUAUUUUGUACUUGAACAUGUUCGGUUCGGACGUGAUCGUCCUCGACACGUACGAAGCUGCCAUCGAUCUGCUGGAGAAGCGUUCAUCCAUCUAUUCGGGAAGGCCUCGCAUGCCGAUGGUCAUCGACUUGAUGGGUUGGGACUUUAGCUUCGCAUUUAUUCCCUACGGUGACCGAUGGCGCAAACAGCGACGACUUAUGCAUCAGCACUUUAGUGCCGACGCCGCCCGCACCUUCCGCCCUCACCUUCUCAAAGGAACCCAUAGAUUCCUUGUCCGCGUCCUCGAUGAGCAAGACACGAUUGACAAGAAAUUCAGACACAUGGCUGCGGAUAAGUUGAUGUCGUUCACCUAUGGGAUCGAUGUCCAGUCCAAGGACGAUCCCUACAUCGAAGUAGCCGAGAAAGGGAACCACGGUCUGAUCAAAGCGAUACUUCCAGGUGCAUUUCUGGUCGACGCUCUGCCAUUCCUCAAGCAUGUACCGGAGUGGUUCCCUGGCGCUGGAUUCAAGCUCAAGGCGAGAGAGUGGAAAGAGUUUGCGCAUGGCAUGCGAGAUAUGCCUUUUGAGGCCGCUAAACGCAAUAUUGCGUCUGGAGCUGUGCCGCCCACCUCGUUUUUCGUCUACAAUUGCCUGCAGGCCAUAGAAAGUGGGACGAAAGACGCCUCGUACACAGAAGACCUAGCGAGAUGCACCGCUGGGUCGAUUUACAGUGCUGCAGCUGACACGACUGUUGCCGCUCUUUCCUCAUUUAUUCUCGGAAUCCUCAAGCAUCCUGAAAUCAUCAAGAAAGCUCGACAGGAAUUAGAUAGCGUCGUGAAACCGGGCCACUUUCCUGACUUCGAUGAUGAGCCUUCCUUGCCUUAUAUCACCGCAAUCGUAAAGGAAACACUUAGAUGGAGUGUUGUUGUCCCCGUCUCUGUCCCUCAUUCUCUUGACCAAGAGGACGAAUAUAAAGGAUACCACAUACCCGUCAAUUCAGUCGUUCUUCCGAAUGCAUGGGCCAUGCUCAUGAACGAGGACGCUUACCCCGACCCUUCCGAGUUCAACCCCGACAGAUUCAUCAAGGAUGGUAAGUUUAAUCCAGAUGUUUUCGACCCUGAAAAUGUGUGCUGGGGGUUUGGGAGGAGGAUCUGCCCUGGCCGCUACGUAGCAUAUUCUUCUGUCUGGAUUACCAUAGCAUCAAUGCUCGCAGUUUUCGACAUCGAGAAGGCGAGAGAUGAGGCCGGGAAUUCGGUGGAGCCUGCGUACGACUACGAAUGUGGUUUGGUUCGUUCUCCGAAGUCCUUUGUCUGCUCCAUAACUCCCAGGUCGAAGGAAGCCGAAGAUCUUGUUCGCUUGACAGCGAUACAAGAUGCGAUGGCUUAA